ACUCCGCCUCUUCCUCUGACGUCAUGCCUGCCAGGAGCAACUCAUUCUAGUCACUACUCUCUGCACGGAUUGCUGCUUCUGCUCCGGUGGAGCCGCCAAGGCGCGCUGUGGUUGGGCUUGACGUUCUAAUCUCCGGUACAUGACGGAGGAGCUUCACACGCUUCAACCAUGAUGGUGCUAAUGCACCAAGACAGCUAUCACAUCCUGGUGGGGCAGAGAUUCGCCUGUGUGGUGGGCAGCGACCGCCAGCUGGACGUCGAGCAGAUCGAGGACUGGCCAUGGAGAAACGGCAUAAUCCGCGCCGCGUCCCAUAAAGAAUUCAGCUGCCCCGAUUUAAAGGUUUGCGUGGAGUUUGAAGAUGAGCCCUGGGAGAAGAGGACGUGGAUCGAGGUGUACAGCUCACAAGUCCAGAUGUUUCUGGUGGAGCACAACUUGGCAAUUGCUGACCGAAAAUGUCCCAGUAACCCUUCUGUGUCUGUGGUGUGCCCGGCAAUGCAAUAUAAAGUAUUGGCAAGCAAGAUAUCCAUAGAUCCCAUGACGUGCAUACAGUUUCUUGGAGACAGACACAGAGUUUUCAUGAAUCAGGAUGCCGUGAAGGUUUUAGGGGAUCGGGACAGCUUGAAACAGUUUAUGCAGGGAAACCGAACAUUUAACAAGGCCUUACAGGAGCUCAUAAGAAAGAGUGUGGAUGAAGGUCGUGUACUGCAAGGUGCUAAGAACUUAGUUGGCUCAUCUAUAAGAGUGUAUAGUAUGACUGAAGGCUAUCAGUGGUUCGACGCCUCAGUGGUGAAUUCAAGCAGCAAUACCCGGAUGCUGGAGAUUAAAUGUAAACAGGAGCCCAGUCUAAAGAUUAUUGAUCCUGCACUGAUACACGUUCAGCUUGUACAUAACUAUGUCGAUAAAGUGGCCGUCGAGAAACCUGUGAAAAGGAAGCGUGAAGGAAGGACGGGGAAAACUAAGGCAAAGCAGAACAAAGUAGCGCAGGCAUCUGCUAAGGGAUCUGCUAAGAAGCAAAGCUUCAUUACCUACUCCAGAGAUGAUGGGAAGACCUUGGUCGUGGUGGACAACCCCAAGUCCUCAGGGAACACUCUUUUGAAUUUCAUAAAAACGCCACAGGAAAGUGAAAAAGUUUACCAAACAACUACACCUAGCCUGGCAUCCAAGCAGUCUGUACCGGAUGGGUUUGGAGAAGCAUUGCUAGGAUGUACCGCCACUACGCCUUCCAGUCAAAACCAGACCUCUUGUGCAACUCCACCACAAGCAAAUUCUCCUCCAAGCUUUGGUGCUGCAACACCUCCAGGGAAAUGUUCUCAAAACUUGCCAAGUGAAACAUCCUCCAUGCUGAACGGUGAUGGAAAAGGGGAGGAGCAAAACUUGUUUCUCAGCGCCACGAUGUCGCAAGGAAAGGGUCUAGGAUUUGGCCUGAGAGAUCAGUCCAGCCCUUUCGAAUCGGCCUUUUCAUCCUGGGCCAAUGGUGGCAAUGGACAGAAAUCCGAAAACCUCUUUGCUGCCUUAACAAAACCCUCAACUGUGUUUCCUAAGGGCUUUGAGUUUUCUGUGGAACGAUUUCCUGAGAAGAACACCUUGACGGUGAAAGACUCUCCGCGGCAGGGAAGUUUUGAGCCAUGUAAAGACUUAACGCGGCAGCCGCCGAGUGUGUUUGGUGCAACGACCGAGACCAAACCUGCUGGUCAUUUACCGCCCGUGAAAGCUGAAUUCAACUCUAAGCCAGCAAACAUCAUUUCUGUUCCAAAACCCAACAAAAUCGAAGUUGCUCCCCACAAGAGUCCCAUUAAAAAUGAUGGGGUCACAUAUCCCAGAUCUGUAUUGCUGGACUCACAGAAGCUAAAGAGGCUCCAAGCAAGUGGUGAUUGCUUUGUGCAGGACGGCUCUUGCAAUGACAUUGCUCCCCAUUUGCACAAGUGUCGAGAAUGCCGUCUGGACCGAUUUGGACGCAGCAAGGAACAGCGAGAUGCUGCCGUUUUCUGCCGCUUCUUUCACUUCCGGAGGUUAUUCUUCAAUAAGCAUGGAUUACUGCGGGAAGGUGGCUUCCUGACUCCUAAUAAGUACGAUGCUGAAGCAAUAAACUUGUGGCUUCCUUUAGUGAAUCGCGUUGUGGAUUUGGACCUUGACACCGCAAAGUAUAUUCUGGCGAACAUAGGAGACCAGUUUUGUAAGCUUAUCAUGUCCGAAAAGGAAGUUAUGGCUUCUGUAGAUCCACAAAAACAAGUGGCCUGGAAACGUGCAGUACGUGGCGUGCGGGAAAUGUGUGAUGUCUGUGACACGACCAUCUUCAAUCUCCAUUGGGUUUGUCCUAAAUGUGGCUUUGGCGUGUGUGUAGACUGUCACCGAAUGAAAAAGAAGAGUAUGAGCAGCGGUAAUGAUGGAGCAGACGUAUUCUCUUGGCUGAAGUGCGUUAAAGGGCAGUUACAUGAGCCUGACAAUCUCAUGCCAACUCAGAUCGUCCCGGGAAAAGCUCUGUAUGAUGUCGGAGAUGUUGUCCAUUCUGUAAGGGGGAAGUGGGGAAUAAAGUCAAAUUGUCUAUGUUCCAACAAACACCAGAAGCCUUUACCUAGACCGGUUGUGAAGGAAGAGCCAAAACAGACGUCUUCUAGCUCUGAAUCCACAAACGGAUCUCCGCAGCCGAGCAAUUUACCCGCACAGGAUCCAUUGACGGCUAAUAGCAAAACGCCUUCAUCUUCCCUCCCCGGGCCUUUGAGUUGGCUAACCAAUAUUCCUAACACAAAUGUGAAGGAAAACAAAGAUAACCUCUUCACAUCUGCACUGAAAACGGAAAACAUAGCACUACCCUCUUUUGCUAGUUUCGGAAAGCCAGCUUCCGCGUUGCAGCCAUUCAGUAGCUCAAUUCUUUCUCCUAUGAGCAGUAACGGUUCUGGAUUCUUAAGGAACCUCCUCAAUUCUUCAACUUUGAAGCCUGAGGGUGGUGGUGAGAAGAGCACACCUAAACUGCUCGAUGACAUAUUUGCAUCUUUGGUUCAAACCAAGCCUAUGACUGACCCAGUAAAGAGGCCACAAGGCCUUGCUGUUCAGCCCAGUCUGAUGGGAUUCAAUACGCCGCACUACUGGCUCUGUGACAAUAGGUUGCUUUGUCUGCAAGAUCCUACCAAUAAGAGCAACUGGAACGUCUUCCGUGAAUGUUGGAAACAAGGACAGCCUGUCAUGGUAUCUGGAGUGCACCAUAAAUUGAAUUCUGACCUGUGGAGACCCGAAUCCUUCAGGGAUGAGUUUGGGGAGCAAGAAGUUGACUUGGUGAACUGUAGGACGAAUGAUAUCAUCACAGGAGCCACUGUUGGAGAAUUCUGGGACGGCUUUGAACAUAUAUCAAGACGUCUUAAAAAUGAUGCUGGAGAACCAAUGGUGCUGAAAUUGAAGGACUGGCCUUCUGGUGAAGACUUCAGAGAUAUGAUGCUAUCGCGGUUUGAUGAUUUAAUGAACAAUAUUCCACUGCCCGAAUACACAAAGAGAGAAGGCAAGCUAAAUCUCGCCGCUCGGCUUCCUCCUUACUUCGUUCGUCCUGACUUGGGGCCUAAAAUGUACAAUGCUUAUGGUUUAAUUACUGCAGAGGAUCGGAAAUAUGGAACAACCAACCUCCACCUGGAUGUGUCUGAUGCGACUAAUGUGAUUGUCUAUGUAGGAAUCCCAAAGGAUGGGGGUGAUCAGGAGCAAGAAGUGCUUAGGGCCAUACAGGAAGGAGAUGCAGAUGAAUUGACCAUUAAGAGACUUGUGGAGUUCCAGGAGAAGCCUGGAGCUUUGUGGCAUAUCUAUGCAGCAAAGGACACUGAGAAAAUCCGGCAGUUCUUGAAAAAGGUGGCAGAAGAACAAGGCCAAGAGAACCCUCCAGAUCAUGAUCCAAUUCAUGAUCAGAGUUGGUACCUGGAUAGUACGUUAAGGAAGAGGCUCCUCCAAGAACAUGGGGUUCAGGGAUGGGCCAUUGUACAAUUCUUGGGAGAUGCUGUCUUCAUUCCAGCCGGAGCCCCCCAUCAGGUUCACAACUUGUACAGCUGCAUAAAAGUUGCCGAGGACUUUGUUUCUCCAGAACACGUGAAGCACUGUUUCUGUCUGACUCAGGAAUUCCGCUAUCUCUCCCAUACGCACACAAACCACGAGGACAAGCUUCAGGUGAAGAAUGUGAUCUACCAUGCUGUGAAGGAUGCGGUGGCAGUACUGAAAGCAAAUGAAGCCAGCCUAGGAAAGGUUUAAGACUGAUGCAUGGAUUCAUUGGAUAGACUUCCUCUGGCAGCUUUUUCCUCCCCUUCUACUCCAAUCACUAGCUCUUUGAUCUUUUACCUCAUAUAAGACAUUAACUUUUUAGGAGAUGUUUACAAUCCCUUGGAUCGAUCCAUUUGAGAAGUCCAGCACGACUUUGGUCCUACUCUCCAGAGCUGCAUUGUUCCAACUACUAACAACUCCUCUCUUCAGAGGUGCCAUACUCUGACGAAAAACCAAAACUUUUUUUUAGACUGUACGAAAUAUACCUCUUGUUUUUGGAAAGUCUCUAAAAACAUUGUGUAAAUCUGAUUUAAAUAUGCUUUUUUUCCCGCAAUUUCGGGGCUUGUAGGACGGUAACAAUAGGAAAAAAACACUCUUUUUCUUUUUAAAUGAGAACUUAUUGUAGCCAUGAUGCAUUGCUAGAAUGCGCGUUCUAAGUAAAAUGUAAAUAAGCAGGCUCUUAUAAUUUUACUUUUAGAACUAGCACUGACGUGCCUGGAAUUGUUUAAUUAAAUACUUUUUUUAUUUAGAUUUUGUUUUCUUGUUUGACUUUAAUUAACAAUUCGAUUUGGGUUGUUCUCUUUUGACCAUAUUUG